AUGCACAGAACCUACUCUUUGAGAGCUCAGAGAGCUCCUACCGCUUCGCAACUGGCCAGUCCAGCGCCUCCUCCGUCGUCCACCAGAUCCAAGUUUUUCGGAAAAGCCUCCAUUGCGACGAGUUUCCGCAAGAAUGCUGCUGGUAACUUCGGCCCUGAUUUGGCCAGGAAGUUGUCACAGCUGGUCAAGACCGAAAAAGGAGUUUUGAGAGCUUUAGAGGUGGUUGCCAUUGAACGUCGUGCCGCUGCCAAACAAUUGUCCCUAUGGGGUUUGGAUAACGAUGACGAUGUUUCCGACGUCACAGAUAAGCUUGGUGUUUUGAUUUACGAGCUGGGUGAACUGCAAGACCAAUUUAUCGACAAAUACGAUCAGUAUCGGUUGACCAUCAAGGGUGUCAGGAACAUUGAGGCCUCAGUGCAACCUUCCAGAGACCGCAAGCAAAAAAUCACUGAUGAGAUUGCCCGUCUCAAAUACAAAGAGCCAAACUCUCCUAAGGUUCCUGUCUUGGAGCAGGAGCUGGUGCGUGCUGAGGCUGAAUCUCUUGUUGCUGAGGCCCAGCUGUCCAACAUUACUCGUGAAAAGCUAAAGGCUGCUUUCAACUACCAGUUUGACUCCAUCCGCGAGUUAGCCGAGAAGUUUGCUUUGAUUGCAGGUUACGGUAAGGCUCUUUUAGAGUUGCUUGAUGACUCUCCUGUUACCCCAGGUGAAACUAGAUUAGCUUACGAUGGUUACGAUGCCUCUAGACAAAUCAUUGUGGACGCCGAAACUGCUUUGGAAGGCUGGACCCUAGACGUUGCUGCUGUUAAACCAAGCUUGUCUUUCCACCAAACGGUUGACGACGUUUACGAAGACGAGCUCGCGGAGGAGGAAGAGGCUGCCGUCGCUGAAGAAGAAUGGGCAGGUGAGCACGAAGGUGGUCAUGAAGAAGAAGCCGAUGCUGCCGCAAGAAUUUAA